AGGGGUGGUGCUAAGCGUCACCGAAAGAUCCUUCGCGACAACAUUCAAGGCAUAACCAAGCCUGCCAUUCGGCGCCUCGCCCGCCGUGGUGGUGUCAAGCGUAUCAGUGGUCUGAUUUACGAGGAGACGCGUGGUGUGCUCAAGAUUUUCCUUGAGAACAUUGUUCGCGACUCUGUUACAUACACAGAACAUGCGAAACGCAAGACUGUUACUGCCCUUGACGUCGUCUAUGCUUUGAAACGAUCGGGGAAGACACUGUAUGGUUUUGGUGCUUACAGCAAGGUGCAAAACAAACGGCGCAACAGAUUUGGAUGA